AUGUGCAUCAUCACGACGUGUCCAGAUCCGAAGCCGUCCUGGGAGGAAUUUGCUAGCUUCUACAGCAGCUACCAGCUUGGCACGGCGUUGGGCAAGGGCUCUUACGGCUGCGUGUUCUUGGCAAAGGCUCUCUACUCGCAGGCCAGCUACGCAGUGAAGGUUCAGACAUCCCGGCGAACGGCGGCUCAAAAGAUCCAGCAUGCCAAAGUCAUGGCCUCGGUUCCGACGAAAUCUGAUAUGGAUUCCGAGCAUCCGAACGCCGAGAUCUGGAAGCUCUGUGCUACCCACCGCAAUGUGGUCCACUUCGUGCAGAUGUGCCAAGAGGCCGACAUCUAUUACAUGGUCAUGGAAGCCUGCGACUGCUCUCUGUUUGAUCGGCUGAUCGACAAUCCCAAAUGGCAUUGGGAUCAGCUGACAGGCGACCUUUUUCAGCUCGUCGCCGGCCUCCAGCACCUGCACACCCACCGGGUUCUGCACAGCGACAUCAAGGCUGAGAACGCCUUGUACGGCGGUUCCGAUGGGAGGACGCUGAAGCUGGCGGAUUUCGGGUUGGCCGUGUACAUCACCCCCAACGAUGGUCCGCUGACUCGCGCCCGAGGGUCGAGAUCCUACAUGGCGCCCGAGAUGCUGGCAGGCGAAGGCUAUGGCUUCCCAGCAGACGCUCGGAAUGCCAAGAAAAAGUCCCAGGUCUCAGAGUGA